UGGAAACACUAUUCUAAUCAUUUCUUUUGCUCUGUAGAUAAAUCUGUAUUGUGUGAGGAGAACCCUUUUGGUCUGUCACAUGGUGGUGACGGCUCAGUCAAGGACAGCAGUGAAGAUGUGUUCCACAGUGAUCUGGUUGGCAGAGUAAAGGAGAACAUUCUACCAGACUAUACUUCUUACAUGACCAGUCUCGUCUUCUCAGCACACGCCAGUCCUGUUCAAAGCCCCUGCCAAAGCAGCACCCAGGGCAGUCCUACUGACAAAGAGCAGGAGCAGACCUUUUGUUGCAGUGAGGAUGAAACAAAGCCUGUCUGGUUGAACGCAAUAAUUGGUCGAAUCUUUUGGGACUUCCUCCAUGAAAAGUACUGGGCUGAUAAAGUCCAACAGAAAAUACAGCGAAAGCUGAGCAGAAUUCGGUUGCCUUACUUCAUGGAUGAACUGACCCUCACCGAACUGGCCAUGGGCUCCAGUAUGCCCCAGAUAACAAGUACUUCACUACCACAGGUCAACAGCAGAGGUCUAUGGUUUCAUGUGGAGGUGGAGUACACAGGAGCAUUACAGAUGACUCUAGAGACUAAAAUCAACCUCUCCAAACUUGGGAAGGAGGGAGUCCUUGAGGCAGAGACAGAAUUGGAGACAAUCAAUGUGUUUAGCAGGUCCAGGCUCUCUGUGCUGGCUGACAGUGAUGAGGAAUCCUCAAGUGCAGGAUCCUCGGAUGAGGAGGACGUUUCAUCCGCGGACACUCAAGGAACCCUGACAGAAAAGCCUCUAGCUGGUGUUGAGGGGGCUGCAGCUGGAGGCAGCACUAGUAGGCGGAUUUUGAAAUUUGUCGACAAGAUUGCCAAGUCGAAGUACUUCCAGAAGGCCAAAGAAAAUGAGUACAUAAAGAAGAAGAUAGAAGAAAUGUCCAACACCCCUCUGCUGCUUGCGGUGGAAGUUAAAGAGCUCUCUGGAACCCUGGCCGUCAACAUUCCUCCUCCCCCCACAGACAGAAUAUGGUAUGGUUUUUGCGGACCCCCGAAACUUGACCUAAGAGUCAGACCCAAACUGGGAGAGCGAGAAGUGACUUUCUGUCAUGUGACUGAAUGGAUUGAAAAGAAGCUACAAGAUGAGUUUCAGGAAGUUUUUGUUUUGCCCAACAUGGAUGACAUUUACCUGCCGCUAAUGCACUCUGGGAUGGACAACCCGACAGCUUCCCAACAACACCCUGCAAAGCUGUCCCAGCAUUCCUCUGUGGCCUCCACUGACAGGUGUGAUCUGGAACAUUCUGCAGAACUACAGUAGUGCCUCCUUGUGGACAGACAUGUCAAUACACCGGUAUCAGGAACCCGCUCCUUUAACUUCAAAAAACUAUUUGGAGUGUAACUUGUAAUCAGCUUCAUUUAAACAUCCCACACAUGUUCUCUCUUAAUUUAUUAUCUCCCAUUAUCAUACACUCCCAUUUCUUUGAAACCCAAAACAGU